AUGCAUAUCAACUGGCUUGCGGUGUCCCUGUGGCUCUAUGCUGGCGUGGGUGCUCAGUCUUUUAGUAGUGCAGUCCGAAACCAUGCAGCAACACCGUCGUCGAGCUCGAGAUUGAUCAGAGCAUCACCAACAGCCUCGGUAGCUGUCGAGUCUCCGAGAGUUUCAGUGCACUCACCCAAUCUUGCUGCCGCUGACGCGCCGUAUUGGCUUGCGGACAUCGCUCAUCAAGGUGUCGCAGCCUUCAAUCCGAAUCCCGCCACGUACAAGGUCUUUCGCAAUGUCAAAGAUUAUGGUGCUAAAGGCGAUGGUGUCACGGACGAUACUGCCGCCAUCAACGCGGCCAUGAGUGAUGGUGGCCGCUUUUCACCAGCGGGUCGUAAGACAUCUACCACAACACCUGCGAUCAUCUACUUUCCAGCGGGGACGUAUCUAAUCUCGUCGUCGAUCAUCGAUUACUAUUUCACGCAGAUUGUCGGCAAUCCGAACUCCCUUCCAGUUAUCAAGGCUACCCCAGGAUUCACCGGAUUGGGCUUGAUAGACGGCGAUCAGUAUCAGAACGAUGGUGGACAAGGGUGGAUCUCCACGAAUGUUUUCUUCAGACAGAUUCGCAACUUGGUUCUAGAUAUGACCACUAUCCCCGCGGGCACUGCAGCUACGGGUAUUCAUUGGCCUACGGGUCAAGCUUCGAGCAUUCAGAAUGUCCGGAUCUUGAUGAGCUCGGGUGCCGGAACACAGCAUCAAGGUAUCUUCAUUGAGAACGGCUCUGGCGGCUUUGCUACCGACAUCACCACCGUCGGCGGCUUAUAUGGAUUCAACAUCGGAAACCAACAGUUCACCAUGCGCAACUUGCACAUCUCUGAUGCUGUGGUCGGCAUCUCCCAGAUUUGGAAUUGGGGUUGGACAUACCAGGGAGUCACCAUCACGAACUGCAAAACGGCAUUCUCGAUCUCGAAUGGCGGUCCUGGAAAUCAAUUAGUCGGAUCCGCCAUCAUGCUUGACAGUACGAUCGAGAACUGUCCUGUCUUUGUUGAUACAGCGUGGCAAAGCUCGAGCUCGAGCAAUGGUAGUCUGAUCCUGGAGAAUGUGGCCCUCAACAAUGUACCGGUUGCUGUCAAGGGUCCCAGCGGCACUGUCCUUGGUGGCUCAGGUGGUUCCAUGACCAUCGGCGCUUGGGGUCAGGGACACAAGUAUACUCCUUCCGGGCCAGCCAACUUCCAAGGAGCAAUCAAUGCGCCACAGAGACCAGCGGCUCUGCUUGCCAGUGGUUCUUCGAGAUAUUAUACCAAAUCCAAACCGCAGUACGAAGGAUCCUCGACAUCUUCUUUCCUAAGUGUACGGAGUGCCGGAGCCAGAGGAGAUGGCUCUUCUGACGACACUGCCGCGAUUCAGUCUGCUCUCAACUCCGCCGUGUCCUCGGGACGGAUCGUGUUCUUUGACCAGGGUGUGUACAAGGUGACCGACACCCUCUAUAUCCCUCCCGGCUCCCGGAUUGUUGGCGAGGCAUACCCAGUGAUCAUGGCUAGUGGGGGUCGGUUCUCCAACAUCAACCAGCCCGUGCCGGUGGUCCAGGUUGGCAGAUCAGGCGAAUCUGGGUCGAUUGAAUGGUCAGACAUGAUUCUGAGCACCCAAGGUUCCACGCCUGGAGCAGUACUCGUUGAGUGGAAUCUGGCCGCAAGCCCAGGGUCUGGUAUGUGGGAUGUCCACACUCGAAUUGGAGGCUUUGCAGGCUCCUCGUUACAAGUUCCCCAGUGCCCGACGUCAGCCGCUGUCUCGGCCGCCUGUCAAGCGGCUUACAUGUCCAUGCAUAUCACGAAGAGCGCCAGUGGCGUUUACCUCGAGAAUGUAUGGUUGUGGACGGCCGAUCAUGACCUCGACGACGGUGCGGACACGCGGAUCUCCGUCUACACCGGGCGCGGGCUCUUAGUGGAAGGCCAAAACAUUUGGCUGUACGGAACCGGAGUCGAGCAUCAUUCGCUGUAUCAAUACCAGUUUUCCGGUUCCAAGUCCGUCGUGACGAGCUUCAUCCAGACCGAGACACCAUACUACCAGCCCAUCCCCAACGCAGCAAAUAGCCCGUAUCCCAGAAAUCCCUCUCUCAAAGAUCCCGACUACAGCAGCUGCCUCCCCGGCAACUGCAAUUCUCUGGGUCUCCGCGUUCUGGAUAGUGAGAACACCAUCAUCUACGGCGCCGGGCUCUACAGCUUCUUCAACCACUAUAGUACCACAUGCUCCAACUUCCCGAGCCCGGAGGACUGCCAAAGUGAGAUCUUCAGCAUCGAGGGAUCCACCAGCGGACUGGUCGUGUACGCGCUCAGCACCGUGGGCACAACGAACAUGAUCGUCAAGGACGGGGUGUCGUUGGCGCAUUACAGUGACAACUUGGCGACCUUUGCGGACACCAUUUCCUAUUUCACUUUGUAG